GGGAGCUGAUUUCAAGGUCGCUCCUUUACAUGUCUUAUUCCGCCCGUCAUUCUCCAGGCCCCCUACCAUUUCUUACGACAACUUUCAAAACGGGGUUCACGGGAUAAAACCCAGGUUUUUGACAAGAUUUUGGAUGGACUUGGGCCAUUAUUAGCUUUCUCAACAUGCCACCCAAGAAAAAGGGUGGGCGCGCGAGCACCCAGGCGGGAGCGACGCCGUCUUCGUCCCGCGACGACGAUGCCAUGGACGUUGAUACACCCACGCAGACGCCGACAGCCCCUGCGCCGCCCCAGCCACCAAAGAUAGUCGCUGAUCCGUGGACAGACGAUCAAAUCGCAUCGCUGUUCAAGGGCGUCAUCAGGUGGAAGCCUGCGGGCAUGCACAAGCACUUCAGGAUACUAGCGAUUAGCGAGCACCUGCGCAACCACGGCUUUGACCCCGACACGUUGCCGCACACGCGGGUGCCGGGCAUUUGGGCGAAGCUGGGCGAGUUUUACAACCUCGAGGCUGUCGACGAGCGGGAAAAUAACAUGGAUCCUCCGGAUGAGGAGGGCCAGCCGAGGCGGUACCACGACUUUAGCCUGCCCUGGGACGAAUACGGCGACAUCAUCCUGCAGAGGGCGCGCGCCGACCCGAGCGAGGCGCCGACCAGCCCUGCUCAAUGGGACCCGAACGGCCCGACCGGCGAGUCCAAGAAGCGGAAGCGAGGCGCUGUUGAGUCGAACUCGCGCACCCGCAGCAGUACUGUCGAAGACACCGAGAAUGAGACACCGGCGGCGAGCCCGACGAGGAAGUCGGGCAGGGGAGCGAGGACAGCAAAGCGCACUUCUAGUAGAGCGCGCAAGGUCAAGGAGGAGUCGUCGUCUGAGGAGGAGAGCGCUGAGGAGGAGCACGAGGAGGAGGAAGAGGAGGAGGAGGAGGAGGAGGAAGAGGAAGAGGGGACCGGGACCCCCGCGUCUGCCAAGGGCGGGAGAGGAGAGAUCGACCACAACUUCAGUAAGGCGCAUCGGAUUGUCACGACGAAUAUCCUGCCCCUCGUUGAGCAGUAUGGCGAGCAUUCGCGCUCGGUAUGGGGGGCGACCAAGUUCUGGAAGCAGUUUUUCGAGGCUUCUGCCAAUGUUUCGUUAUCGGGAUACGAAGAACUGGCUGGGAGCGAGGAAAAUACCGUCAUAACCGCCGAAGAGGGUACAGUCCACAACGAGACGACAGCCGAUUACACCCCACGACCACGAAGCGCCGGCGACCACGAUGCCACCCUCACCACAGACCUGUCGUCAUCCAUGUAUCACGAGCACGAAACCCACCAAGAUUCGUCCGCUCUCAAUGACGACGACGGCGAUCUCACAGGCAGCACACCCCGCCCGCCCGCAACGAAGACGCUCUCCCUCCGCCCGCAAUUCGCCGACCUCUCCUCGCCAUACGAAGCCCUCAAGCGCGAGUACGACGCCGAGCACGGCGCCUGCAGCGGCACAUCGGACACAGCCGCAGCAGCAGCAGCAGCCGAAGAGGAAGAGGAGGAUACGGAGCUCCUUUUCCAGCAACACACUGCCCGCCUGCCCGACAUGUCCAUGACGCCACGAGGAUCACUCAACCACGCCAGCGGCCCGGGGCACCGCCGCGACGACGAUGGCGGCAGGAGGGACCUGGACUUUUCCAAGGACAACAACAAAAACGAAGACCCGCUCCUCCACCGCAUGCUCAACAGGAACUAUCGCAUCGCGGCGACCCCGCACAAGACCGCCGCCACCGCGGCGAGCUUUUCGCCCGUCAAGUGGAAGGUGGACAAGCUCACCACGACCCCCGCCGGCGGGAAGGGCAAGGAAAAGCAGCGGCCGAUUUGGGAGGACUCGCCGACGUCGAGCCCGGAGAUGGCGGUUCCUCAGCUGCGGAGUGCGGCGUUCAUGUCGCCUGCCAAGGCGGUCUAUAAGGGGAAGCUGACGGCGGCGGUGGCUGCUGCUCGGGGGGCGCCGAGGACUCCCGGUGUGAGCGUGCAGACGCCGGUGACGGGGCGCAAGACGAGGGAUGUUUUUGCUGGCGAUGGCAAGCAGGGGACGGUGUCGAGGAAAUACGACGAUGAGAUCGCGUGGGAGAGCGACAGCGAAGACUUUGGCGGGAUGAGCCCGCCUAAGACGAUCCAGUUUGCGUUGCCGCCGUCUAAGCUGCUGCAGACGCCAGCCCGCGAGGCAAGCAAGCGGAUUGUGGACGACAUCCUGCUCACGCCGGGCGAGGAUCUGGAGGAUCCAUCCGAGUACUCUCCGACUGUCGUUAAGAUGAACCAGGAUAUUUUGGACGACACAUUUUGA